GACCGACGGCUUUGCUUGACCUUCUUCUUCAGGGCCCCCACAGCCGCCAUGUGGAAAUUGAAGUUCUCCGACGACGACGACGGCCACCGUCGGUGGCUGACCACCGCCAACCGCCACGCCGGAAGGCAGUUCUGGGAAUUCGACCCAACGCCGCCCACUCCCCACCACAGCGCCGCCGUCGCGCAGGCCCGUCGGAACUUCCAGGCCGGCCGCCGUAGCAUCCGUCAGAGUUCCGAUCUUCUCAUGAGGAUACAGUUUGCUGAAGAAGACGAGGUUUUCAAGCAUAGUGGUCGGAGUUAUGGUAGUAGCAGCGGCAACGACGGCGGCAGCGGCAGCGGUGAUGACAAUACGGAAAGAGUGGUGGAUGUGUUGAGAAAUGGGAUGAAAUUCUACUCAAAUCUCCAGGCUGAGGAUGGACAUUGGCCUGCGGACUAUGGCGGCCCUCUUUUUCUCCUUCCAGGCUUGAUAAUAGCGCUAUUUAUAAUGGAUGCUCUAAGCUUAGUUCUACCAGAGGAGCAUCGCGGAGAGAUACGCCGGUACCUCUACAACCAUCAGAACGAAGAAGACGGUGGAUGGGGCUUGCACAUCGAGGGACAUAGCACUAUGUUCGGCACCGUGCUCAAUUACGUCGCCCUAAGGCUUUUAGGCGAUCGACCGGAAGAUGGGGCAGUGAAACGAGCAAGAGCAUGGAUUCUCAAUCACGGUGGUGCUACCUACAUUCCCUCCUGGGGAAAAUGUUGGCUCUCGGUACUCGGUGUGUAUGAAUGGGACGGGAAUAAUCCUUUGCCGCCGGAGUUGUGGCUCCUCCCUUAUUCGCUUCCUAUUCAUCCGGGUCGGAUGUGGUGCCAUAGCCGGCUCGUGUACCUCCCGAUGUCGUAUUUAUACGGUAAGAGAUUUGUAGGCCCAAUCAAUGCCACUGUACUCUCCCUCCGAAAAGAGCUCUAUACUCAGCCUUACCAUCAAAUCGAUUGGGACUCGGCAAGAACUCGAUGCUCCAAGGAGGACUUAUACUUCCCGCAUUCGCACUUACAAGACAUCCUAUGGAAAUGUCUACACGAAUUCGCCGAACCUCUUUUCAAACGAUGGCCAUUCUCGAAGCUAAGAGAUCGAGCUCUAGGAACGGCAAUGGACCAUAUCCGGUACGAGGAUGCCAACACGAACUACCUUUGCAUUGGACCCGUAAACAAGGUACUCAACAUGCUUUGUCGCUGGGUCGACGACCCAAACUCCACAUCAGUGAUGCGACACCUCUCGAGAAUAAAGGACUAUCUAUGGCUGGCCGAAGACGGCAUGAAGAUGCAAGGAUAUAACGGGAGUCAGAUGUGGGACGUCGUUUUCACUGUCCAGGCGAUGCUCGCGACUAAACUACAGAACGAAUACGGUCCAACGAUCGAACGGGCUCACAACUUCAUCAAAAUAUCCCAAAUUAGAGAAGAUAGUUCCGGGAAUCCAAGCUCUUGGUAUCGCCAACGAUCGAAAGGCGGAUGGCCCUUUUCGACUACAGACAACGGCUGGCCGGUCUCCGAUUGCACAUCAGAAGGCCUCAAGACAGCGCUUCUUCUGUCGCAGUUGCCGUCGGAGAUUUCCGGAGAAGCAAUAGCACUAGAUAAGCUACACGACGCAGUCGACUUGCUUCUUUCGUUUCAGAAUAGCAGCGGAGGAUUUGCAUCGUACGAGCUCACAAGAUCCUACGCCUGGUUGGAGAUGAUCAAUCCUGCGGAGAUCUUCGGGGACAUAAUGAUCGACUACCAAUAUGUUGAGUGCACAUCCGCAGCCAUUCAAGGCUUGAGGCUAUUCAACAAGAUGCAUCCCGGAUAUCGAGCGAAGGAUAUUUCAGUGUGCAUCAAGAACGCUCUCAAAUUUGUCGAAAGCAUUCAACUCUUCGAUGGUUCAUGGUACGGAUCGUGGGGCGUGUGCUACACCUACGGGACAUGGUUCGGGAUAAAAGGGCUGAUCGCAGGCGGGAAGACGUACGAAAACAGCUUCCACGUGCGAAAAGCUUGCGAGUUUCUUUUAUCCAAGCAACUCCCCGGCGGGGGAUGGGGCGAGAGCUAUCUAUCGAGUCAAGAUAAGGUGUACACAAACUUGCCGAACGACAAAGCGCAUGUCGUGCACACAGGAUGGGCGUUGUUGGCGCUCAUCGAAGCAGGGCAAGCAGAGAGGGACACAAAUCCGUUGCACCAUGCUGCUAAAGUGCUAAUCGAUGCUCAAAUGGAGAACGGAGAUUUUCCACAACAGGAAAUCGUUGGCGUGUCCAACAAUAGCCUCAUGAUCAGCUACUCCGCUUACAGAAACAUUUUCUCGAUUUGGGCGCUCGGUGAAUAUCUGAACAAAGUGUUGCGAGGCUGAGUGAACAGAAGCUUAAACAGAGGAAUUAUCCUAAUUCAAUUCAAGUAAUUGAAGGAAGAUAGGCGAUGAUAGUACUGUGCGGGUGUCUUUUACAUAUCGAAAAAUUUGAUGUAAAACUUAUGUAUUUUUAAUAAUUUGCUCCCCAUGUUUCUUAGUUAUUAUUAUUAUUAUUAUUAUUUUUGGUGUAAAAAUUAAAAAAUUAUACUAUUUU